AUGCUGCUCGACGUCAUCGAUAAUUUACCUCGGCUUCGAAUUUCAGGCGCACAGCUGCGUCUCAUCCUUUGGGUUCUGGAAGAGUGUAAUGUCCAAAAUGUUCCAUCUUUUGAUUCGUUUCGUCAGCUUCAAAAAUCCCUGAGGAAGCGAUGUGGCUCAGAGCCCACAGCCCAAACGUCUGUACUUGGCAAUCAUUUCUACGUCAAUGAUAUCCGCGAUACGAUUCAAAGGGAGCUGGCCAAUCCGUUAGUAGCUUCUCACAUGGAGUUUUACCCCGAAGAUGUGGGCAAUGGCCCUGUCUCGGAGGUCUGGCAAGCGGCUCGUUGGAAAGAGUUCCGCCCUGAAGAGCUCAUGCCAAUGUAUUCGGCCAAUGGAAAACAGUUCUACCUUGGCGAGGUAGCUUGCCUCGUCUCUAGCCGGCUAGUAAUUCCUCAAAUCUGGAUCAAAAGAAACCGCCAGCUGUACGCUGACUGCUACAGCGUCGAUGCUACACCGGAGGUAAGACUUCAUAUCAAAAUGAGCGAGACAAUAAGCGUGCCAGCUUCAGAGUUCCAACUGAACUACCUGGACCUGGCGGCCGCUUAUCAAUCGCACUUGCCUUGGACGAGUAAGUCCUCUUAUUCGGAUGCCGGGCAAGAAAUGCCCUCUAAACUUCGAACGCUUGCCGGGGAAGAUGAUCUUUAUGUGGUCAUGGUUCCCCUCUGGUGCGACGAUGUAUCCGGCAAUCGUUCGAAGCAAUAUAAUAAGCACAUCAACAUCUAUACUGUAAACUCCAAUCUUCCAGGCCGAUUGCUACAGCAAGAAUACUUUGUACGAUUUGUGUCCACAUCCCCUCAUGCCACUUCCCCAGAGCAAUUCUCCGCGGUCAUGGAUCAGAUAAACUCGACGCAUUCAACGCCCAUUAAAUGCUAUAAUGCGAGCACAAAGCGUCCAUGUCAGAUUGUACUGAGAGUCCCUUACCUUCCAGCGGAUAAUCCUCAGCAAUCGGAAGAAAGCUCACAUAUGGGACCCAACGCUAAUCUCAAGUGCCGGAAAUGCAAGAAGGGUGGUCCUGCAACAACAGUUGAGUCGGACGAGGGGUAUCACUCACUGUAUUUUCCUGGCGAAGCCAGAACUGCAGAGUACACCCGAUCUACAUUGGUCAGACAGCUAAGUCUGGCAAUGUUUGGUGUCGAGAAAGCUGUCAAGGAGCUUCAGACCGCGACUGGAGUCAAGGACAAGAUAGCCCAGCAUUGGAUCGACAUCUUGCUCAAGAAAUCUCGUCAGAUCCAAGCUGAGAGUCGUAUUCCUGCAGCAGAAGCUGCAGAUCAGCUGUAUGACUGGAUCAUGACGCAAAAAGGCGACCUAAUGAACCCUUUACUCAAGCUACCAGGUUUGGACCCUUGUCAAGACACCCCAAUCGAAAUCCUCCAUACCAUCUUGCUCGGUACGGCCAAAUAUACCUGGCAUUUCCUUCACAAGGACUGGAAGGAGGACCAGCAGAAUCUAUUCGUGCUGCGUCUUCAGUCGACAGACAUAAGCGGUUUGAAUGUUCCUCCCAUUCGCGCAGCUUAUAUGAUGCAAUACAAGAACGGCUUGAUUGGCAAGCACUUCAAGACGCUCAUGCAGUGUAUGAUAUUUCAUGCGCAUGACCUUGCCAGUCCAGCGCAGUUUAGUCUCAUCAAGUCGCUGGGAUUCUUGGGAGCUCUUCUCUGGAUCCCUGAGAUCGAUAAUCUCGAGGAAUAUCUGUCAGACCUAGAUAUCGUGGUGGCAAACUUCCUCGAUGCAUUCAGCGACCUCGAGCCAUCCAAGAUCACUCAGAAAAUGAAGCUACAGAUUCUCUGUCACCUCGGCGAGGACAUUCGGCGGUUUGGACCAGCCGUGCGCUAUUCAACUGAGAUCUUUGAGUGUUUCAAUGCUAUCUUCCGUCUCUGCUCAGUUCUCAGCAACCACCUCGCUCCUAGUCGUGACAUUGCAAUGAAAUUUGCAUCAAUGGAACGAAUGAAGCAUGUUCUGAGUGGCGGAUACUGGCUUGAAGACAAUCAGUGGGUUCAGGCGUCUACCAACGUCCGCAACCUGCUUCUCUUGCACCCAAUUUUCCAGCGCCAUCUUGGAUGGGCGCCAGAGCGCAUUUCAGUACCAGGUACGCAAGUGUCGCUAGCACCAGCGAAGAAGGUUCCUGCCCUUGCAUGGUCAAAAACCAAGGCAUCAACAUCCCUGAUCGAUCAAAUUGCUAUACCGCCCUCAAUACGGCAGUGGAAAGUAGGAAUCUCGGUAUCUUCAAGGUCUGGAGAUGUCUGCAAGAUCGGAUACUGGGUUUUUGCCUCAGGACCUCAAUGUGUAACGGGGCGCAUUGUAGAAAUCAUUCAAUCGGCAUCCGCGCUCUCGGAUCAGCUGAGCUUCACUACUAUUGACUGCUUUACUUUGGGUGAUCAUCUCCACCCACAGUAUGCGAUGCCUGUGCUGCAUCGCGCCUCCGGUGCACCUGAGCAGAAAACUGUUGCUUCAAAGGAUGUUCUUUGCAUUUUUUCGGCGCAGCACGACUGCAUUGAUGGGAAAUGCAAGCCUGGCGAAGGGUCUCGGAGGCAAAUGCAAGAACGGAUCGAGACGGACAAGGUUAUUCGGACGAUUGAUCACACUAACGACAGCCGCUUCGUGAUCAAUAUGCACGCCUUACACAACGCUGGAAUAAUUCGCAAACUAUUGCCGCGUCAUUGUGUCAAGCCGACCUUACUUUAUCCUGACAGAAAAUCUCAUCAUGUCGCCGUCGCUGCAAAACUCCGAAAGUCUCAAGAUGCCAAG